UCCAUCCACAUCGCUAACCCUCAGCGAACUCGACGUUUCAGUCUCCGCCCAACUUGCGGUUAAAUCGAUUGAUUCUCUUGUUCACAUAUUAGACAAAUCUAUUCAAAAUGAAGCACCUUGCCGCUUACCUCCUCAUUGCCCUGGCUGGCAACGCCACCCCCUCCGCUGAGGACAUCAAGAGCGUUCUCUCUUCCGUCGGCAUUGACGCCGAUGAGGAGCGCCUCCAGAAGCUCAUCUCCGAGCUCGAGGGCAAGGACCUCCAGCAGCUGAUCUCUGAGGGUGCCGAGAAGCUCGCUACCGUUCCCACCGGUGGUGCUGGUGGUGCUGCCCCCGCUGCUGGCGGUGCCGCUGCCGGCGGUGACGCCCCUGCCGCUGAGGAGAAGGAGGAAGAGAAGGAGGAGUCCGAUGAGGACAUGGGCUUCGGUCUCUUCGACUAAGCGUCUUCACUCGUGCGAGCAUCGAAGAAUAUGUGAUAUCUCGUGGGGGACCAGAAAUCUGGCAGUCAUUCGCAGUAUUGGGAGGGAAAUGGCCCAUUUCGGUCAAGUCUGUUUGUCUCAGGCUUCUCUGAUGCAGUUACGAAUUAUGCAUACGUGAGCUGAAAAGCUCCUUGAUAGCCAAUACAGAUUAUCUGACCUCCACGAA